CUCCAGGAAGCCCCACAUUGGAAGCUGUCUGUCCCAGGGCACUGGGGCGGGCUGAGGCCGACCAUGCCCAGCCUGCUGCUGCUCUUCACUGCAGCUCUGCUCUCCAGCUGGGCCCAGCUGCUGACGGAUGCCAACUCCUGGUGGUCGUUAGCUAUGAACCCGGUGCAGAGACCAGAGAUGUUUAUCAUCGGUGCACAGCCUGUGUGCAGUCAGCUUCCCGGGCUCUCCCCUGGCCAGAGAAAGCUGUGCCAGUUGUACCAGGAACACAUGGCCUACAUCGGGGAGGGAGCCAAGACGGGUAUUAAGGAGUGCCAGUACCAAUUCCGGCAGAGGCGAUGGAAUUGCAGCACUGUGGACAACACGUCUGUCUUUGGCAGAGUCAUGCAGAUAGGCAGCCGGGAGACCGCCUUCACCUACGCUGUGAGCGCCGCCGGGGUGGUGAACGCCAUCAGCCGUGCUUGCCGCGAGGGUGAGCUUUCUACCUGUGGCUGCAGCCGGACAGCACGGCCCAAGGACCUCCCCCGGGACUGGCUGUGGGGUGGCUGUGGGGACAAUGUGGAGUAUGGCUACCGCUUUGCUAAGGAGUUUGUGGAUGCCCGGGAACGGGAGAAGAACUUUGCCAAGGGAUCAGAGGAGCAGGGCCGAGUGCUCAUGAACUUGCAGAACAACGAGGCAGGUCGAAGGGCUGUGUAUAAGAUGGCAGAUGUAGCGUGCAAAUGCCACGGCGUCUCAGGGUCCUGCAGCCUCAAGACCUGCUGGCUCCAGCUGGCUGAGUUCCGCAAGGUGGGGGACCAGCUGAAGGAGAAGUACGACAGUGCCGCUGCCAUGCGCAUCACCCGCAAGGGCAAGCUGGAGCUGGUCAACAGCCGCUUCAACCAGCCCACCCCAGAGGACCUUGUCUACGUAGACCCCAGCCCUGACUACUGCCUGCGCAAUGAGACCACGGGCUCCUUGGGCACCCAGGGCCGCCUCUGCAACAAGACCUCAGAGGGCAUGGACGGCUGUGAGCUCAUGUGCUGUGGCCGUGGCUAUGACCAGUUCAAGAGCGUCCAGGUGGAGCGCUGCCACUGCAAGUUCCACUGGUGCUGCUUUGUCAAGUGCAAAAAAUGCACGGAGAUUGUCGACCAGUAUGUCUGUAAAUAACCGGGGAGGGUCCUGCUCUCCCGACCCUCUCCUCCACUCUGCCUCACAAAAGUCUAUAUUAUAUAAAUCUAUAUAAAUAUAUUUUAUAUUUGUAUAAAUAAAUGGAUGGAUGAUAAAUAAUUAAAAGAAGAAAAUGGAAAGGAAAAGCUUAUUUAAGAGACGCUAGCAAUCUUUGAGGAGUGGGCUUUGCUGGUUCUCUGCUCCCAGUGGGAGAGAGAACUGGCUUCUUUCCCUCCCUCUGGUGAGGACUCUCAGGAUGUAAGUUCACGGAGAUAUUUACUGUCUAUCCAUCAUGGCCUUGAGGAAAGAGGCAGUGGUUAGAUGGAGGAGAUGAUCCUGUCUGGAAGUCUGGAGCCUCUUGGGUAUGUAAGUGCCCCAUUACCCCAGCCACAAGGCCAAAAGGCCCUGUGCAAGGUGACAGGACCUCAGCAUAAAUCCUGAUGGCUGCAGGGUCUUGCCCAGAAUAUGAAUUGGUUCCGUAAGGGGCCCAAUGCUUUCUUACUUUCCUAUCAGUAUGCACACAUAAGAAUCCACAUUUGCAAGACUGACUUCCUCUCUACCGAAGAGAGGUCCGAUGUCACUUGGACCUUAGUGACCACAAAGGAAUCUGCACCUCUUGAGAGCCCUUGGGGCCUGUCUUUCCAGCAAGAAUCAUUCUUCCUCCACAGUUCACUAGCUCCUGCUAUGAUUUCUGUCCCAGGAGGAAAGGGGGUCUUGUGACCUGCCAUGUCUGGAGAGACAUUAACUGAGUCUUUAUGCCUGGGCUGCGGAAACCCAGGUGCAACACGGGACCCAGCAAACCUUGCACAGUCCUCCCUCACAGGGAAAGAAAACUUGUACUGCUGCUGCUGUCAUCCAUCAAGGRAGGCCUCAUGGACAACAGGACAUGUGGGCAGGUCAGGCCCGGAUGGCCUGGCACGCUGUCUUCA